AUGGCGGCGCCCGGGAGGCAUGUAGGACAUUACAUCCAGAGAAACGGACGGUUUUUGACUAAUAACUUGGAGCAGCUGUUUAGUCACAGGAGUUUUGGUUGGACUCCAUCUCUGCGACAACAGCCUGCAGAGGCUCAUAAAGAAUCUACAGAGACUAUUGUCAUCCCCAGGAAGAAAACAUGGAGCAAAGAAGCGGUGCUGGAGGCUCUGGCUUCGACUGCCAGCAGGGAUCCCACAGCGUACAACUAUCAGUUCCAGGAUGACCCUUACCUCUCUCCCAGGACCUCUACUGAGUUUAGGAUGUACUCUCUCUCUCAGGAGUCUGGCAGGUCUGCAGCCAAAUACUUUGUCAACGGUAACCCCAAGUUCUUCACAAAAGACUUUGCUGAACCACAUAUACCAUGUCUGAUGCCAGAGACAGUGUCGCUGCGUCUUGAGGAGGUGAGUGAGGAGGCACUGAAGGAACGAAUCAGCCUGAGGAAAGUUUCGGCAGCUGUUGACAUGUACGACCAGCUACUACAAGCUGGUACGGCAGUCUCCAUGGAAGCAACCCAUGAGCUGUUAGAUCUUGUCUGCUUUUACUGUGACAGAGACCCUCUCCAGGAGGGGGCACCACAGACAGAGGAAGCGCAGGAGGGAGGAGAAGAUUUGAAGAGGAGGAGAUUUAAGAUCCGUCAGACGUUAGACUCCCUCAAGUGGACCUGGAAAGAAAACAACAACGCAGAGAGAAUCUUUAGCUUGCUGCCAGAGAGAGACACACAGUGUUACUCUGCUCUGAUCAGAGGAAUGGUGAAGCAUGGAGCCUAUGAAAAGGCCUUCAGCAUGUACACUGACUUGCUCAAUGAGAAACUGACAGCUGACAUCCACAUCUUCAACGCACUGAUCUUAGCGUCUGCAAAUGUCAGAGACAAAUACGCUGACAGAUGGGACCUUAUCGAAGAGUUGUUGACCCAGAUGACUCAACAUAAAGUUCAGCCCAACCUGCUGACGUUCAACAGUGUCCUCAAAGUACUGAGACGCUGCGGCUCUAUGGCCAAAAUGAAAUCUUUACAAACUCUGAAUGAGAUGAAGGCUUUGGGAAUAGAUCCCAGCCUGGCCUCCUUCGACCACAUCCUGUCCAUCUUUUACAAAGCAGCCUCCUCUGGUCAGCACACUACUAACAUGUUGGAGGAAAUCGUGUCAGAGCUGAAAGGAACCAGCUUCACCUGCCAGGACCCUAGUGAUGUUCUGUUCUUCAUCAGUGCAAUGAGAGUAUGUCUGGACACUAAAGAUCUGGAGCUGGCUUAUAAAGUACAGAGUCUAGUAGAAGUAGGGGAGAACUGGAGGCUGCUGGGCGAUCCUUUCCAACAGAGUAUUUACUACGGUCGCUUCUUCAGCCUGGUGUGCAGGAUGGAGCACAUCGAUGUCGUGCUGAAGUGGUACAAACAGCUCAUUCCCUCGUUGUACUACCCGAACAUUCAGGGACUUAAAGACCUGCUUCAGGCUCUGGACACAGAGAGUUGCCUCGAUUUGCUGCCUCAGAUAUGGAAAGACAUCCGGUCUCUGGGUCAUGAUAAUAAGUUAGAUCUGGUGGAGGAGGUGCUCAGGCUGAUGGCCAGAGAGAAGCACAGUCCUGAGGUUCAGGAGUCGUUUGCAGCCUGCGCUCUGGCUAUAAAGGCUGUUUUUUCUAGCGACAGAGGGAAGACCAGUCUGGAGUGGAGCAGCUCCUCGCUCACACACAUCACCUCCUUGCUGCUGCAAGCCAACAUGACCCAGCAGGCCUGGGAGAUGCUCCGGCUCUUCAAAUCCAAGAACAGAGUUCCUACUGAGGACCUGUUGAAUCACUUCCUGUUGGUGUGUCAGAGCAGUGGCUCUCCGCAGAGAGCAGUGGACCUGGUUCAGCUGUCAGCAGCCUUCUGUCUGCCGGCCACAGCAGAGCUGGCAAAGCGAACACUGGCUGAGUUUAAUCUGACAGAGGAGCAAAGAGCUGUUUUAUCUGAACUGGAGUCUCUGAACGCAGAGACUUCUGACUGAAGAGAGACCAUUGGCGGACUUGCUUUGAAACCAGUAACUAAAUCAGACAAUAUGACACAUCUAUAGACUGUACUUAUUUGUGUUUGUGUAAUAAAAUAUAUGUGUAAUUCAAUCUAAAA